AUGAACACGCACGUGAUUUCUGUGGGCUCACGGUGGGUGCACCACGAGGUGGCUCAGGCACUGCGGCAGCGCCGCGGUGUGCGUGUGGAGGUGAACGAGGAGCUGCAUCACUGCGACUUCACCAGCGGGGCGUCGUCGGUGCUAUACUGCGACGUGCAGAGCACGGAAAUCCAGCGCGAUCAAGCAUCGUUGGUGCUCCGCUUGCAGGAGGCACGCCAGCGAUGUGGGAUGCAGCCAGUGAUUCUCAUGGUUCGGAUGGAUAGUGGUGUCGAGGUCUCUCUUGAAAAACUCUCGUGGCUGAAUCUUGAGUGCGGAGUGGCGCAGCAGUGCGGACUCAUCCUUGUGUGGUCGCUCGAUGAUGCAGUGCAAUACCUGGCAAGUCUCGCGGCGUCCGCGGUGACGUCCCUAGAGUUCACAGAAGCGGCGCGUCCACAUGUGGGGGACGCGCCACUGCCGGUGCUCGUCGAUGCCCUCACACAGACGCCUCAGGUGGUCACGCGCAACGACGUGGUGCGCAUCGCCAAUCGAAAGACCAGCAUAGCCGAUGCGCUGAUGAGUGAAGCGUCUGAAUGGGAGGACAUCGCAGGGCUGGGACGCAAGAAAGCGGCUCGGUUACAGCACCUCUUUCGCACACCAUUUCUGUCCUCGCAGCAGCGCAUCGACUCCUUUGUACCGGGUGCCGGCGACAGCAGCUUCGCCACGGCUUUCAAAGCGGUGGCCUCCCAUCUCCCGCAGCCAACAGGAGAAUCCACAGCGCGGCCGACAGAGGCCCUUAGCGUCGACACCGCUGUAACCACCGAAGGAAGACGUCGUAUGAUGAGCGCGCUGCAACGGCGGCUUGACAAGGAAGAUGAGGAAGGCGGCGAAUGA